AUGAGCGAAUCUAAGCGCGGAAGGAAAUCUAUCAUGGGUCUUCUAGACCUAACAAACAUCAUUGAUUCCUCACCAGAAAGUGCCGACUCGGGUGGAACUCUCAGAAGGUCCUUGAGAUUACGCCGCAAAUCCAUAUCUGCAGCGUCCCAUGGUGAACAAACACACCCAUCUAAAAGAUAUAGUCGAAAGUCAGUGAUUAAUCCGCAAACUCAUGUAAGUGCGUCUGCUACGUUGAAUAAGUCGCCUAUGUUUAUUUUUUUCAUUCCUUCACAGUCCCAGUGGAACAUAGGGCCUCAAGCUUGAGGCUUGAAGUUUCUGUAGCAGCGUUUAUUUUUACAGGAUGGGGUCCCCAGCAGAAUGGCAAGGGUUUAAUACUAAACACAUGUUCAACGUCAAAUUACUUUGGGUGUGCAAGAAUGAAAAUAAGUCAGCACACCAAUAUAAGACGACAGCACGUGGGAAUACUGAAGACUUUGAAUGGAAAUUACAUACAAGUCUUAGAUGUUUAAUUUUUAAGCUCUUGUUGAAGAUAAAUGCCUGGAAAGGAAGAUAAAGUACGAAAUUGCCACUGACACGAUCCAUACCAAGAAUCAGCUUUUCUGCAACCAAUGGUACAGACGACUUUAACUUCACAGGCAUUUACGUCAAGCCUUCUUAUGCUUCGUCUUGCUUACAAAUAUGUCGUUAAUUGCAUUUUGAACGCUCCAGUGUCCAUGGAGCUCUCCCUUACACAGAAUGCAUACUUCUAACAGUUUAGAGCUACUAUCGUGUGUGACACCAUUCAAAAAGUCAUAAGAUAUUCCCUCAGAGAAAAUCUCUGAUGAUUCCUGGAUCUGAAAUCUUAUUUUCCCUACUCAAUAAAUCAUACAUGCGCAUAAGUCAAGGGGGUUCAAGGUGUCACACUUACUCUUACCUAAUGCACCACAUUGCUCCCUCACUUGCAUUAACCGCCAGACCAAUAUCCAAUGCCCAAAAUCGAUCUUUACGAGCUAUUGUAAGCCAAUUUGACUUCUUUGUGUUCGCUUUUUGGUAGUGAAGCAAACUUUCGCGGUCCUCAGGAAGCUCCUUCGCAGUUCGUCCCGCCACUCGACUAAUGUAGCCUUGGCUGACUCCCAGAAGAUUGGUGGGGAGACUAGUUUAUGUCGCAGCUGUUAUUUUCUGAGUAUUAGGUUUACCAUUCUUAUGUCGAAUCCUAACUCCUUAGCAGUUGUAAUAA